AUGGAAUCGUCCAAGGAUAACAGCGGAAAUAAUUCUGCGCCUGGUUUGUUUUUGUUUAAAUUCUUUUUUUAAUUUGGUCAGAAAAAAACACCACAAGUUUUCGGCAAAUAAGCUAUAACGUGAAUUAAUGUUAAAGUGAAAUUACUUUAAAUCGAUAAUUGUCGGUUUUUUUAAAAAUAUUUUUUUCAAAUGUCAAAGACCAAAGAAAUCGAUCUUUUUUUCACUUGUUAUGUUGACCAGUUUGAAAAGAUGUUUUGAAAAAAUUUGAUAAGGGAAACACAAAUUACUUUUUUAGAUGGUGAUAUCAAUGAAAGUCGUCCGAGGCGGCUUUUCGAAAACGCGCCUUCUACGGAUGAAUCCGACAGUUCCACCGAAGGUUGGGCGCUUCUUUCUUUAUAAAGUGUUCAAAGUGAUCCGUGAAAUUCAAAAUAGACGUCGGUGAGUGAAAUAGAUAACUAAAUCUUGGAGAGUCGAAGAUAUUUUUAAAUUUCACGGAACUCGCUUCAAACACGCACCUAGCUUCGAAUUUCCCUCAACUCGAUUGGAAUCUUUAUUUUUUCAUAGAUCCGAACGGAGCGGAAACAGACGGCUCUUCUUCGAAUCGCGGCUGUCUGAAGAACGAUCGUUCCCGGAAAGAUCAGCCGUCGACGUCACGUGCCAUCAGAACACCUCAACAGGUAGUGCAUUCCAGUCUUCCAAAUUAGUGAUUGGGAAUAGUUCCUAUCGAGUAACUCAUAUUCCACAGCUUUGUAGGGAAUAAGAAGUUCCUGUUUGAGAAAGGUAGAAAGCACACUAAUAGAAACUCUCACGAGGAAGGUCAUUUUACUUUGCGGUUGGGAAUUCCCUGAACAUUGGUCAAAACACUUCUCAAUGUACCGGAUGAAGACCCUGAGAGAGUCAACCUACAAAACUUUCUAGUUUUCGAGAAAGGAUAUCUUCAAGUCAAAGAAAAAACUAAAAAUCCGUUGAAAAGGGUGAUUUUUAUUCUUUGAGCCCUCAUUUCUCGAAAAUAAGAGAGUUUUGCAGGUUGAGACUUUCAGAUUCUUUUUCUGCUAAUUCAAAAUUCUGGUCUAUUUUUAGGAAGUUUCCAACCGCAAAGUAAAACGACCUCUCAUGUCAGUUCUCUAAUUAUUCGAAUUUGCCUUUUUCUUAUUUUUAUAAAGCGCUGUUUUCAAGCGAAAAAACAUUUUUCAUAGCUCAAUUAGGCAAUUUUUCAGCUUCAUAGACGUAGGUGAUGGUAAAUUUGUUCGAAAAGUUCUUUUUCCAGGUAUCCUGGUCUUUCGCAACGAAACCCGCCACCCCACACUCCCAACCACCUGCUGGAAUGAAAGCCAAAGGUAAUUGAUAUUUGAUACUGUUUUUGGCAUUCUGAGCAGACUUGCUCGCCUUUUUUUUUUCAAAUCGGUAUUCAAUUUCUCAAGAGUUUUCUAAAAACAGUUUAGAGUGAAGAUUAAAAAGGAAAAAGGGUGUGAGACUUUCUAAACUCCCCACGCUUUUUCAUUUCCUUCGAAAUGUUCAGCUUUAUAUAGAAAGUUAAAGAGCUCUCAUUUUGCUCAUGAAGUAAUGAUUCACAGUGUUAAUGGUUCAUGGGCUUGUUAUGCACACCUUCAAAACCAUUCCUCUUUACUUCAAGAAUUUCAGUUUUAUUUCAAAUAUGGAAAUGUUACAACUCAAAUUGGUAAAAAGCGAAAAGCCGGUCAAAGGUCAUGUAAUAACCGAGGAGCAGCAACUGCUCUUGGGUAGUCACACUCACGGCACGCGCUUUUUUUCUUUUCCCAUCUCCCUCAUUCAACGGUUAUCCGGCACCUAUUAAUGGGGAUUAGGCAACAUUGAUAUAAUCUAUUCAUCUCAGAUACUUUCUUCAAAUAGCUCGAUAUGACGCUCUAUAUGCAUAUCAACUAUGAGUUCGAGGAUAUUUGUUUAUUUUUUUACUUUUAACGUGAUUCAACAAAGUUACAUCGAAACUUUUGGUAUAUUCUGGUAAAAUUUCAGAUAAGCUCAUGAAUUUAAGAGUUUUAUAUCAAAUAGUCUCAGCUCAGAAUAAGGUGUUCGCGUGUUAGAAACCGCUCUGUCGAGCUUCAUAUCAAUGUACCUGAUCCUCGAGCUAAAAAUUUCAUUCACUCAAUCGGAAUUUUCGUAUAUUUUUAGAGUAAAAAACAAGAAAAGCUUUAUUUUCGCAUUUCCUAAACCCUCGAGAAAUUUUUUUCUGAUUCAGAGGGAAAAAAACUGAUCAUAUUUUUUUUGAGGAAUUUCUUCAGAGCGGGCCAAAUAGACGCUAAUCCCACUGAUUUGUCAAAGUGAACUUUAGUUCGUAGGGAGGGCGGCCAUUUUGUUGCAUUUUUUUCUUUUUUUCAGUAGAAUCAAAAGUUUAUCAUUUCAAUUUUUUUAACCAGCGUUUUUGAACAGAAAGAAGCUACCCUAAAAUUAUUUGCAAAAAAUUAGGUUGUUAAUUUGGUGAGCGUCGAAUCUUAAGAGAAUCUAUGAGGGUCUCUUUUAACUCUGAAAAUUUUGAAGUUUUCAGCCGCCUCUUCCUCGGAACUUUCCACUUCGAGGUCUUCUUCGGCUUUUCGCAAAUCAUCUUUAGUCGGCCGAGGUUCAGCUUCUUCUUCUGGUCACACCAGUCCAUCUGGUUAGUCUUCCCCUUUUUUUUGCUGAUUAGAGUGGAUUCGAAGAAAGUUAAGACAUUGAAAUUUUUCUUUUCCUUAUACAUGGAUUACACUUUCAAAACUUCAGAAAUUUUUCACCAAGUAGUCACAAGAGCAGGUCCGUCCCAACACGAAGGGAAACAAAGUUUUUACUCAAUGUUGCUUUAAAGUAGCUAUGUAAUCGUUUCGUAGUAUUUGGAAUAUAACGUUAUAUUUUGCUAGACAACGUAAUUGUUGAAGUAAAAUAUGUGUUCAAUCCUAAUGCGUAGAAAAUUUCCAUUGAAGAGUCACCGGCGCGAGCGACUGGAGCUGGAUCUUCUUCAAGCGAAUCGGCGGCCGAUCGUUCUUUGACGACGCCACCGCUGCCGCCUGCUCUCAAAAACUCGAGCAAGGUUCUUUCUUUUAAAAGAACUUUUUCGAAAUUGGUUAUACAUAUGAAACUUUUAGAAAUCCAUUACGGUUCAAUAAGUGAGAACUCAGAAUUGAACAAACUCUUCUUUCCAUGAAAUUUGUUUUUUUUUUGAGUAUCUUGAAGAUUCUUAUGAAACUGAUAUCAGGACGUGAUCUACCGAGGCCAACGGUCAAUGUCUCUCGGUAGCUCGGCGCACGAUUCCUUGAUGUCUCAGCUGGCGGCCCGCCAAGGAAACACCAUUGACAUGUCUCCCGGCGAAGGUUUAUCUCGCAAAACUUGCAAAAAAGAAGAAAUUGUAGGGGACAAAGUGUGUCUCCUGGUAGACGGGACGCGGUUUCUGGUCUCGCAACGACUUCUGACGAGCAAGCCCGACACAAUGCUCGGUCGUAUGUUCUCCAUCCGAGCCUCGUGUACAGACCUGGCCGCCGAACUGGUUGCUCCCAAUGAUCACGAUGAGUUCGAGGUAACCACUCGCUUGUUUUGCCUCUUAUACUGCGAAGCACUAGGAUUUCAAAAAGAUAUCAUAUCAUUUACGGAAAGCCGUCAUAGAAAAUGGAAAGCAGAAAUCACAAUAUUUUUUAUGAAUGAAACAACAAAAAAAAACCGAUUUUUCUCAGCAAUAAAACUAGAAUUAAUUGUACAAGUGGUUUGAUAUAUUUUUGAAAGAAGAGAUGAUAACCGAAAAAGUUUUGCGCUCGUCAACAAGGAGACAUUUUGUUUCGGAAAAGUUACCUUCAUUUUGGACUGCGCAGGUGGCUGAUGGCCUUUCCGCCUCAUGCUUUCGCGCUGUGCUGGACUACUACUCUUCGGGCACGAUGCGCUGUCCUCCAAGCGUCUCAGUUUCUGAACUCCGCGAGGCUUGCGACUAUCUGCUGGUCCCUUUCAACGCCAACACUGUCAAGUUGCUCGUUCCCGCCAUUUCCUCUUCAAUGAGGCUUUUGAGGUGCCAAAACCUUCACGCUCUUCUCCACGAGCUGUCAAACGAAGGCGCUCGAGGCCAGUUUUCUCAUUUUCUCGAAGAGAUAAUCUUGCCUCAACUCGUGGCCAGCACCGAGGUUCGUCAGAAAAAAAAACUGCAACAAACAGUGAUUGGUGCAGCACGGCGAACGAGAAUGUCAUCUGGUCGUGCUUCUGGACGACGACAUUGUCGAUUGGGACGACGAAUAUCCGCCGCAGAUGGGGGAGGAGACCACUCACGUCGUUUACUCGACACACUUGUACAAAUUCUUCAAGUAUGCCGAAAAUCGGGAUUGCGCGAAACAGGUUUGAUGGAUAAAAGUUGAUUAUGUGACUGAAACCAAUUUUAAGAGGGGAAAAGUUUAGAAAAAAAAACGUUGGAAAGUUUUGCCAGGCAUGAAGAGGAAGAAUUUUCAUCUUUUCCUAGGAAAAUAUGGCGAAAUUUUCGAAAGUCGUAUUCAAAAUAAUUGAAUUCAUUUAACGACCCAUCGGUUUCGAUUUUUCUGAAGAUUUUUUUAUUAUUUUUGUUACAUAUUAGAUAAAUGAAAAAAAUUAGAAAAACAAAGGUUAUAGGUUCUCAAAGAACGGGGACUGAAAAAAAUACGCCUCGGUAUGGAAGGCUACCCAACGCACAAAGAGAAGGUUAAGAAACGAUUUAAUCGAGCCGAAGGUAAAAAAAGCUCCGAAAAUAAAUACGAAAAGGAUGAUUUAGUAAUUUACAACUACGUACAACGGCCCUUCGUUCAUUGUUCUUGGGAAAAAGAAGAAGCCCGCAGUCGACACGUCGAUUUCGCUUGCCCCAUUGUCAAGGUCUACAUCUUUUCAAUCUUCUUGCUUUUUUUUUUUAGGUUUUCUAUAUAUCGCAAAAAGUCCUUGGAAGAAUGUGGAGAAGUUUUCUUUAGAUGGGUUUGAAAAGCUUUUUUCUCUUGAUUAUUUUGGUUUUGUAGCACUUCCAACAAAUAUUCUUGUUUUUUUAGUUUUUCUACAUAUCGCAAAAAGUCUUUGGAAAGUUUGUUCUCCUUUUGCGUAAAUACUCGGAUGUUUUCCUUCUCUUUUCAUAUUAUGAGUAAUAACUUCGGUACAAUUAAAAGAAACUUUCUAAUUUUUUCGCGUUUUUUUUUUCAUUUCUUAGCAACUGUUAACAAUGAUUAAAAAAAGGCGCAGAUAUGUGUUUAGAGUCUUUGUGAAUGUAGCAGCUAUAUGUUCCGAGUAACUACGAAAAGAUAAGAAGUGUUUUUUAGUCAAAGUCGAAUCCAUCGUUGGCUGCGGCGGCCUCGGAUCCUCUGCCACAGCCGGCGCCACUCCAGAAUCAUCCCAACCGCGGCGGCGUCUUCAACGAGGCGGCGCCACUUGCCGCGGCCGCUCACGACGAUCGUCUUCUCGGAGUCAACGUCCCUGGCAACCAGGCAAGUUGUCGCAAUCUACUGUUUAUGAAUUUUUAAUUUCCGGAGACCGUCCUAUAAAUGAAAAAACCAGCUUCAGGAAAAUUAUACCAGGUCAUUUUCAGCAGGUUUUGACAACUUCCCAUAACUCAUUGUUAUUUAUGGAUCAACUCUUUCGAAGAACUUUGAAACUUCAUAAUAAGAUAUAUCUAGCACGGACAUCCUCUCCACUCGCCUCCUGUGAACUUCCAACGUCCUGAACGAGAUCGAGAAGAAGAAUAA